AUUGACUUAUUCAAGCGACCGCUAAACAAAUCCAUAGACAAUGCUUGAGGCACAAACACGCCAAUCUGAUCAGAAAAAUAAAAUGAAAGGAAUAAGGACAAGAAUUCUCCAAGAAGCUUACAAGUCGCAAGUAGCCAAGAUAUAUAUCUGCGACAAAAGAUCAAAAGGAACAGCGAAUUGCACUCUCCACUUCGAACAACCUUUUCGUAUACUUGGUCAUUCAAAUUUGUCAACAACCUCUAACUGCUUUAUUUACUUUUCGGUAUCAAGCAUUUGAUUAAACUCCACUACAUGGACUUGACACUGCGCAUCCCAGCUAGUUUUACUCUUCGAAGCACAUUGAACAUCUCACAUCAUAGUGUUAAUUGCAAUGUACUGUAUAUUCGCAGCCAUUUC